AUGCAACUGCUCACUUGGCUCUCCUGGGCAGUCAUUACGCCUCGGCUGGCCCCAGCAAAGCCGCUGAAAAUAUCUGAAUUGAUUGAGCACGCCAAACAAAGCAAAGCGGAUGUGGAGCAGCUUCAACUCGAAUUGCCGUAUGGUAACCUACGAGCAGCAGGCAAAGUGGACGAAAAACCGUUGAAAUCGAGCUCAAAGCACAUCCACGAAAAAUGGGAGUCGCUCUGGGCCGACGGAGCAGUUCCGCAGCGACUGGCCCCAAACCGAUAUAGAGGCGCCGUCGUCACCCCAACCACCAGAGUUGGAGACAUUCCUCGAACCCCUGUAUUUGAAGGAGUCGCCGUGACUUGGGACUGCGGCAAUGGCAUAUCUUUGGUACAAGAGUUUUCUUUCGGCAACCAGGUUGCUCAAGCUGGCAUGUACGUGGAUAAUUUUGGAUCUAGUUACGGCGUUGCGGGACUCAUAUUCGACUACAGCGUCGCGGGUCAAGAAAAAUGUCCGAUUGCAACCCCAGCGCAAGCAAACAGUGGCAAGCACAAUCAAACAUUUAUUGCAUGGCGCCGAGUUGUCGGAGCACAAGACACAUUAGUUGGAAAGGUCUACUCCGCAUCUGGACACAAAGCUAUUCCUACUGGACAGCUCCGGGUCUUGGUCAACAAUUCGAAUACUCCAGAUUUCGUUCCGGUUCAGAUUAUGGCAGACCCGGGUCUACCCAAACCUGUCUUCGCAGCGAUUCCAUUGGGUGGUGCUUCCUUGCGGGAAAUUGCAUCGUCGUCAUCGGCUGUCGAAGUAGAAACCGUGCCGCCCCACCGAAGCUUGGUACUCGACUUCGAUGCUCAUCAACUGGCAAAGGACACUGAACACUUGGACGUGGAGGAACAAAUGGAACCUGCCUGGAACGAAGAACUAUUAGAGGAAUUUGCAUCUGCCGACUUUUACGACUUGGGCAUUGAUCUCUAG